AGGUAGGCAGUGGCAGCGGGCGCUGUCGCUCCUGAGCGACAUGGUCGCCGCGAGGCUGGAACCCGACGCCACCGUCCGCUGCAACGCCGGGAUGAGCGCGUGCGAGAAGGGCGGGCAGUGGGAGCGAGCCCUGGCGCUGCUCCGCGAGAUGCGGGGGGCGAAGUUGGAGCCAGACGUUGUCAGCUACAGUGCCGGGAUCAGCGCCUGCGAGAAAAGCGAGCAGUGGCAGCGGGCCUUGGUGCUGCUCAGCGAGAUGCCAAUAGUGGUGUUGGAGCCCGACGUGAUCAUUUACAACGCUGGGAUUAGUGCAUUCGAGAAAGGUGGCCAGUGGCAGCGGGCUCUGGCACUGCUCAGCGAGAUGUCAACUGCGAUUCUGGAGCCCGUCGUCAUCACCUACAACGCUGGGAUCAGCGCGUGUAAAAAAGGCGAGCAGUGGCAGCAGGCUCUGGCACUGCUGAGCCAGAUGCCAGAAGCCAGGUUGAAGCCCAACGUCAUCAGCUACAGUGCUGGGGUAAGCGCGUGCGAGAAAGGCGAGCAGUGGCAGCGGGCCCUGUCGCUGCUCAGCGAGAUGUCCUCGUCGAAGUUGAAGCCCAACGUCAUCAGCUACAGCGCUGGGAUUAGCGUGUGCGGAAAAUGCGGGCAUUGGCAGCAGGCUCUGCGAUUGCUCAGCCAACUCUUAGAGGCCAAGCUGGGUCUCGACGCCAUUGUCUGCGGUGCUGGGAUCACCGCGUGCGAGAAGGGCGAACAGUGGCAUCAAGCCCUGUCGCUGCUCGGCGAGAUGUGGAAUGCGAACUUGAAGCCCGACCUCAUCUUCAGCUACAGUGCUGGGAUCAGCGCGUGUGCGAAGGGUGCCCAGUGGAAGCAGGCUCUCUCACUGCUCACCGAGGCGUGCGAGGCGAGGUUGGAGCCCAAUGUCAUGCUACAGCGCGGGUAUCAGCGCGUGCGAGAAGGGCAGCCAGUGGCAGCAGGCUCUUUCGCUACUCAACGAGAUGUGCGAGGCGAAACUGGCGCCCGACGUUAUCGUCUACAACGCUGGGAUCAGCGCGUGCGAGAAAUGCGAGCAGUGGCAGCGGGCUCUGGCGCUUCUCGGCCAGAUGCGGGAGGCGCGGUUGGAGCCCAGCGUUGUCAGCUACACUGCAACGCUGGGAUCAGCGCGUGCGAGAAAGGCGAGCAGUGGCAGCAGGCUCUGUGGCUGCUCGGCGACAUGCGGGAGGCGGUCCUGCAGCCUGACUUCAUCAGCUACAGUGCUGGCAUCGGGGUGUGCGACAGGAACGGGCGGUGGCAGCAGGCCCUGUCGCUGAUCCGCGACAUGUGGGAGGCGAAGUUGGAGCCCAACGUCUCAGCUACCGCGCAGGGAUCAGCGCGUGCGAGAGGGGUCGACGACUGCAGCAGGCCCUGUCGCUCUUCGGCGAGCUGGGGGAGGCGGCGCGCGGAGGCUGGAGCCCGACGUCGACAGCCACGGCGCUCGCGUCACCGCGCGCGAGCAAGGCAGGCAGUGGCAGGAGGCUCCUCCGAUGCCCGGCGAGGUGCAGGAGGCAGCGCUCGAGCCGAGUGCUGCUGGCCGCAGCUUUGGCGUCAACAGCGCGAGCGUGAGGAGCGAUCCUUUGGCAGCAGGCCUCGUCGCUGGAGCGCGUGAAGCGGGAGGAGCCGAGGCAGGAGCCCAGCGCCAUCAGCUGCAGCGGUGGGGCCCGCGAGUGCGAGAACGGGCUUCCGCCGGACAGCAGGCGCUACCAUUGGUCGGAAGCCGGGCAAGGGCUGCUAAAUCCGUGGCUGCUAAGAUCGACCUCCGGGAAGUCGUCUUCGUCAUUCCGGGAAGGAGCUCGUUGACUUUUUCUCGUGCCGCGCCUCAUUCCGGGAAGUUAUUUUUUCCUUCCGGGAGGGCCGUUUUAGCAGUCACGGUUUUAGCAGCCCUCGCCCAGCUUCCGAAUUGGGCAGCGAGGUGUGAGAGGAGCAGUCUUGCACAGAGGUCAUGAGCCAGAAUACUUGGAUCGGCGGCUACGGCACGGAAGCGCGUGAUGCGGCGGCAGGCCGCGUCGUUGCUCGACAAGUUGUGGGAGGCGAAGUUGGAUCCAAGCGCCGUCAGCUACGACGCUGGGAUCCAUGCGAGCGGGAAGGCUGGUCUGGGAGCUGCAUUCUCAGUUUUUCCGUCCCGUGCGUGGUGACUGCUGUGCAAUCGGCUGGCAAAUAACGCUACCCACAGGCCAUGCACGGCGUCAAAUCGACCAGCUAGCGAGCAUCACUGCAUCUUCGCCGCACCUCGGAUGCUUACACUUAAGAUGUCGCCUCCGCUGGCGAGCUAUGGGGAGCGAGUCUGGAGUUGGACCCGGUCGGCUUCAGCACCGGGCCCAGGGCGCGCGAGAGGGGCGAUGAGAAGCGGGAGAGGCCAAGUCGCUGCCCCUCGCGGCAGCGGGGACGGAGGGGUGCACAGCAGCAGCCCGAGGAGUGGCACGCGGGGGGAGGAGGACGGAGACGCGCGAUGCCGCGGCGGUGCCGCGGCGGCCGUGCUCGCGAGGGAAGCGCGCCCGCGGCGUGCGCCCGAAGCGGCGCAGCACACGUCAUCGUUGUUUUAUUCCUCGCUUGGCCGAUCGGCGCGG